GAAAGGCCCGAAGCUGUACGAGCUGUUUAACAUGGCGGAGGAUACCGCCUCUGCGGCUCAGAGCCCGCGAGGGCGUGCGGACGGGGAAGAUGCGGGUUCCUCGGAGGAGCAGGUGGCGGACACGGUGACAGAUGAUCAGGAGCAGUUUGAAUGCCAAGAACUGCUCGAGUGCCAGGUACAGCCGGGGGUCCCUGAGGAGGAGGACCCGGGCCUGGUGGCUGAGGCAGAGGCGGUAGCUGCCGGCUGGAUGCUCGAUUUCCUCUGCGUUUCGCUUUGCCGGGCUUUCCGUGACGGCCGCUCCGACGACUUUCACCGCACCCGCGACAGCGCCGAGGCUAUUAUUCAUGGACUGUCCAGUCUAACAGCUUAUCAGCUGAGAACUAUAUAUGUGUGUCAAUUUUUGACAAGAAUUGCAGCUGGGAAAACCCUUGAUGCACAGUUUGAAAGUGAUGAACGAAUUACACCCUUGGAAUCAGCCCUGAUGAUUUGGGCUUCAAUUGAAAAGGAACAUGACAAGCUUCAUGAAGAAAUAGAGAAUUUAAUUAAAAUUCAGGCUAUAGCCGUUUGCAUGGAAAAUGGCAAUUUUAAGGAAGCAGAAGAAGUCUUUGAAAGAGUAUUUGGUGACCCAAAUUCUUACACGCCUUUUAAAAGGAAAUUACUUACGAUAAUCUCUCAGAAAGAUACAUUCCAUUCCUUUUUUCAACACUUCAGCUACAACCACAUGAUGGAGAAAAUUAAGAGUUAUGUGAGUUGUGUGCUAAAUGAAAAAUCAUCAACAUUUCUAAUGAAGGCAGCAGCAAAAGUAGUGGAAACUAAAAGAGCAAGAACAACAUAUGCUGAAGAUAAACCUAAUGGUAAAGAUGUUGAAUUGGCAACUGAAGCUAAUUUGGAUACAGGAAAAAGUGUUAGUGACAAACAGUCUGCGGUAACUGAAUCCUCAGGGGAUACAGUAUCCUUAUUGAGGUCUCACAAAAAUCUCUUCUUAUCUAAGUUGAAACGUGGAAAUGAACAAGAUUUUAAGAAGAAAGAGGAAAGAGUGGAAACUCUUCAAAGUCAAAGUGGAAGAAAGAAAAAGGAGAACAGUAGGCGAGCCUCUGAAAGUAAGAGAAUACGUAUUUUAAAAAGUCAGCCUGUAACUCCUGAAAAGCAUCGACCUAGGAAAAAACAGGCAUGGCUUUGGGAAGAAGACAAGAAUCUGAGAUCUGGCGUGAGGAAAUACGGAGAGGGAAAUUGGUCUAAAAUACUAUCACAUUAUGAAUUCAACAACCGAACAAGCGUCAUGUUGAAAGACAGAUGGAGGACUAUGAAGAAGCUAAAACUGAUCUGUUCAGACAGUGAAGACUGAGAGUGUUUGCAGAGCUUGAUGAGACAACAGUUUAACACUCUGGUCACUGCAUGUUGUUUGAAAGUUGGUCAUUAAUGUAGUUUAAAAUUCUGUUUAAAGCAUUACAGUAUUUUUUCUGUGGCACAGUCAUUCAGUAUGAGGAUUUGUGCUGUUAGGAGCAUUACCAUCAUUGUAUUCUUUAAGAAUCUUUUUCCUUUGAUAAAAUAAAUUUUUUUGAACCCUAGUGCUUUCAAUCCUCCUACCUCCAAACCCUAUUCCAAUAAAAAAGUGAAAGCCUGAUUAGAGGAAAAAUAUACUGCUGUUAACCUGCUAUCUAUGUGUGGGCUGACUUCAACUCCGUGACACACGUAAAAGUGAAGUUUCUAAAUCAGUGAGUAAGAGGCCUUUGACAUAAGGAGUAAUGAUUUAUGACCUUAAUAUGUUAAUUACUAACACAUUUGCUGGUAGAAUGAUAAAUGUACAGAAUAAUCUAUGAGAUAUACUUAAAUUUUCCUUUUAAGUAGUUUCAUUUUAAAGGAAAUAACUUGAAAAUGUAAUACCCAUAGGACAAAGUUUAUACUACUACCAAGAAUAGCUUAUGUUUCAUUUACGUACAUUUGACUUUGGUUCUGGUGUUAAAACUUUGACAGAUAGUUUAAAUAAAGCUUCUUUGUAACCUGGUGCCAUAAAUAUCAAUUUCUCCGAUAUUUUCAUUUAAUUAAAUAUCAGGCCUAAAUGGCAUUCUGUAAAUGUUUGAAUUGGCUUCAAACAUAAUCAUUUUAAUGUCUGUGAUAAAUAGUAAAUAAGCAAAAUCCUGCACACCUUAUUAGACAACUUUUGAGUUUUUACCAACAUACUCUUUAUAGAGAAUUUUGUCAAAAACUAGAAUUAUUUAGCAUUUUGAGUUAUGUAUGUUUUAGUAACAAGUAUGUGAAAAUGCUUAAGUAUUUGCACAAAAAAUUAAAUGAUUAUUUUGUCAUUUGUUUUUCUUAUUAAAGUUUUAUACAUUACUUUCUCA